AUGGAUGACAGCGAGCGCCGCAGCGUGAAGCGCUCCCGCUUCGACCAAACCGAGCCCGAGCAACCCCGACGUUCGCGCUUCGACCGCCGCUCCCGUUCACCCCCGGCGCGCCAGCCCGACUCUGGCCGCGAUCGCGAACGAAGUCCCUUGUCCAAACCGCGCGAUGCUCCCGGCGACUCUAAGCCAGCCAUAGACCCUGCUGCGGCUGCCGCUGCCGCCGCCGCCAGAAUCAAUGCCCAACUCCAGGCACGCAAGGGCAUUCAGCACGUCGAUGUUCCUCCCGUCCGCUCGAAUUCCACAGCUGAAAACGGCGAAUCUCCUGACCCUGGUGCAAGCACCAUCAAUGGGGAGGUUUAUGUGUCAGAUGGCGAUUAUAUCAAGGACAUCGAGGUCAACGACUUACGCAACCGAUACCUUCUCACUAAGUCGUCGACACAGAAAAUGAUUAAAGAUGAAACUGGUGCUGAUGUUACCACACGCGGAAGCUAUUUGCCGGACAAGAACAUGGCAACUCCCUCGCGCAAAUGGCCUGAGGAAAAGAUUCCGAUUACCCUUGAGCCAGUCUACGGCUUUAACCUUCGUGCCCAAGUUGUGGGACACGGCGGCGCGUAUGUCAAGCACAUCCAGCAAGAGACCGGCUGUCGUGUACAGAUCAAGGGGCGUGGUUCCGGUUACAUGGAAGCUUCGACUGGCCGCGAGAGCGACGAGGACAUGGGCCCGGAUCCUAAGAUGGUAGAGAAAGCCAAGGAACUCUGUGAGGACCUUCUCGGCAACGUCAAGGAGCAGUACGAAGAGUUCAAGAGCCGCCCACCCCGUCACCACGGGCAUGGUGGUGGCCAGGGCGGUGGUUAUGGCGGCGGUGGUGGAGGCGGUGGUGGAGGAUACGGUGGCCGCGGUGGGGGUGACUCGUACCAGGGCUAUAACAGGGACGGCCACCAGCACAACAACAACAACCACAGCCAUAGCCACAGCUAUAGCAACUCCCCGGCUCCUGGCCCUGCCACGGCAUCUGCUACUCCGCCCGCUGCGGCCAACACCCCAACGUCGGCUGCCGACUACGCUGCUCAGUACGCCCAGUACUACGGCACUACCGAUCCGUAUGCGGCCUACGGAGGUUAUCAGGCGUACGUCCAGAUGUACCAGCAAUGGGUGGCCGCCCAGUCCGGCCAGGCGAGCGCGGCCCCAGGGGUUCCCGGUGCUCCCGGGGUUCCAGGUGCUCCAGGAGUUCCGGGUGCUCCGGGUGCUGCGGGCGCUUCCGCAUCUCCGCCGCCUCCUCCCCCGACCGAGGCCGCUCCUCCUCCUCCUCCGCCUUCUGCUGCGCCGCCGCCGCCGCCGCCUGGACCCCCCGGCGCUUCUGGGUACAACUCGCCCACCAUGAGCCAUCAACGAUACCCAUCCCAUGAUGCGGUCAAGGAACCACACGCCGUAUCGCUGAAGGUCCUGCGCCUCUCUCGACCGUCUCUCGUCGCCCAAUACCCCCUCCAACCCCCCUUCUCCGCGGCCCCCGACACGCUCUCCCACCCACCCCCUCUCGCGGCCUCUCUCGCAUACAGCCCCAAUGGCGUCCAUAGCAGCGUCGCGGGCGAAGCCGACAGCGGCCGGGCCUCCGUCCCGACAAACCCGACCCCCUUCGUCCUAAGCCCAAUCCUCAACCUUCCCCCCUCCUUCGGCUCCGCAUACGUCGGCGAGACAUUCAGCUGCACACUCUGUGCCAACUACGACAUCCCCCCAGAAGUCGCAACAAACACACCAGUCCCAGGCCCACGCGGAGGUAAAAAGACCAUCCGUGACGUGCGCAUCGAAGCCGAGAUGAAAACCCCCUCCUCCACCCAAACCUCCGGCGCCGCCACCAAACUCGUCCUCGGCCCAUCCCCCCCAUCCCCAUCCCCAUCCCAAUCUACCUCUACAUCUCCAUCGACAUCCACCGACCCAGACCCAGCAACCGACCUAACCCCAGGCACCACCCUCCAAAAGAUCCUCUCCUUCGACCUCAAAGAAGAAGGCAGCCACGUGCUAGCUGUGACAGUAUCCUACUACGAAGCCACCGAGCUAUCAGGCCGCACACGUACUUUCCGCAAGCUGUACCAGUUCGUGUGCAAGCCGUCGCUGAUUGUGCGGACUAAGCCUGGGGUGUUGAGGGCCGCCUCCUCAGCGGCCUCAGCGGCAGCGGCUGCCGGGACGGGUACGGGUACGGAGGCUGGCGGGGGGGUGGUGGUGAGGAGGCGGUGGGUGCUGGAGGCGCAGUUGGAGAAUUGUAGUGAGGAGGGGAUUAUGUUGGAGAAGGUGGGGUUGGAUUUGGAUGAGGGGUUGGGGUAUCAGGAUUGUAAUUGGGAUUGGGAGGAGGGAAAGGGAGAGGAGGAGGGGGGGCAGGGGGUCGAGGGGAGAAGCGGAAGUGGGGGGCGGCCGGUGUUGCAGCCGGGGGAGACGGAGCAGGUUUGUUUUGUUAUUGAGGAGGAGGAGGCUGGUGGUGUGAAGGAGGUGGAGGGACGGGUGGUGUUUGGGAUAUUGCAGAUUGGAUGGCGGAGUGAGAUGGGGAAUCGAGGGUUCUUGUCGACGGGGAGAUUGGGGACGCGGCUGGUCAACCCGCGGUAA